CGAUUUUCGUCCAUUUGCUUUCAAACGUUGAAAGAGCAAGGUGGUCGUGUUCACUAAUCAAUAGUUAAAUUUCAAGUUUUGUAUUAAAAAAAAGCAAUUGUUAGCAUCAUGGAAGGAGAAGCAGCGGCCGAGACUAAAGUUGAAUCAACCAACGAAAAUACACAAGAAAAACCAAAUAAUUUCAAUCGGGGCGAACGCCGUGGAGGCGGUCAUCAAAGAGGUGGAAGAUUCGGACGAGGUGGCCAGAACCAUGGUGGAAACCAGCAUUUUGAAAAUAGACGAGGUAGAGGCAAUUAUGGAGGUGUUAAUAGAAACCACGCAAACAAAGAUGAAAACAAUGGUAAUGACAAUCGCCAAGAAGGCGACGGAAAUCGCCCUGGUGGAAGGGAUCGUGAGGGCCGUGAUGAUCAAAGAGGAGAUAAUAUGGGACGAGGACGAAUGGGAGGACGCAUGGGACGCGGUGCUGAGGACAAAUUUAUGGAGAAGGUUCAGCAGAUGGCUGGCCCCUCCUUUGAUGUACCGCCUGUAGAUGUGACAGAACGCAAGUUUAGCGGCAGAAACAGAUUGUAUAUAGGGAACAUAGGAUCUGAAGUUACAGAAGAGGACAUCACUGAACUAUUUAAACCUUACGGGGAAACCGCAGAGGUGUUUAUAAACAAGGAUAAAAAUUUUGGAUUCAUCAAGGUAGAUUACCACGCCAAUGCAGAAAAGGCUAAGAGAGAGCUCGAUGGAACUGUCUUGAAGUCUCGCAGUCUCAAAAUAAGAUAUGCUCCAAAUAAUGCUACAGUUAAAGUAAAGAAUCUCACGGGCUAUGUAACCAACGAAUUAUUGCACUACGCAUUUUCUAUAUUUGGAGAAAUUGAAAAGGCAACAGUCCGUGUUGACGAAAGAGGAAAACCCACAGGUGAAGCUAUCGUCGAUUUUGUGCGCAAAGGAUCAGCUUUACACGCGAUCAGAAAAUGUUCAGAUGGCUGCUUUUUCCUAACAGGUUCCGUCAGACCUUGCAUUGUAGAAGCCUACGAAGUUGUAAAUGACAACGAUGGCUUUUCAGAAAAGAAUAUCAACAAGAAACACCCAGGUUUUAUGAAAGAAAGAGAAAUUGGACCUAGAUUUGGCGUUGGCGGAUCUUUUGAGAAUGAUUAUGGAAUGAGAUGGAAGCAACUCUACGAUCUUCAUGAUCAGAAAAUCGAUCAGGUCAAGAAAGAUUUAGAACUUGGAAUAGCUAAACUUGAGGCCAAAAUGGAAUUUGAAAGAUAUGAACAUGAAACCGAUAUGCUGAGAGAUCAAUUGGCAGCUCGUGAAUUAGACAAAGAACGUCAAAAGAGAGAAUGGGAAAUGAAGCAAAGGCAGGUCGAGGAAGAACGGAUGAGGUCAGAAGAACAAAUGAAGCGGACAACAGCUGAUAUGGAGGCAAGAAUAAUGGCCCAACAUGAUGAUCUACGCAGAAGACAGCAAGAAAAUAAUUUAUUUGUACAAGCACACAACUUGGACUCCAUGCUUGAUCAGCAAGAGCAAGCCUACGAUUCAAAUCCCGGUUAUAGUCAUCAUGGAGGAGAUGGACAAGAAGAAACUAACAUGAUGGAUCCCAAAUCAUUCAUGAGCUCUUACGAGCGUGGAACAUCUCGCUUUGAUCGGGGCAAUGCACGUGAACCUCAAGGAGCCAGAGGUGGUGGUCAUUGGGUCAACGAUUCUCGACGUGGCGGUGGAGGUGAUGAUUUUCCAAAUAAACGUCGCCGUUUUUAAGGAGAAGCAAGAGAUUUACUUUGAAUAAUUGACUUUAUACUAUCAUACAUUGAUUUGAGAGCUAAAUUAAUAGAAAAUAGCACAUGUUUAGAUGUCCAAAGGCUGUCUUAGAUCACAACUUCUGAGUAAGUGCGGGUUGAUGGCUUUGGACAUUUGAUUAUGGGAAUUUCGGAAAUUGUGGAUACGAUAAAGUGGUGGUGUUGCAUUCCAGUUAUUUGUGAAAACCAUUAAACCUUUUUCUUUCUGACAAUUUCUGUUCCUUUAAUGAGAUAUCUGUACAAUGGAUAAAGCCCGCAUGCCCGCAUUUUGGUCAAAAUGUUGUGACUUUGGCAGCCGUUAAUAUUUUUAAUUUUAGUAUUGAUAAUACUUAAUGUUAGGAAGUAUCUAAUUAUCCAUAAGAUUGUAGUACCUAAUUAUUUGAAAUGACUUGUGUGUGACUUUUUUUAGUUAAUUCAACAUUGUUUACAUAAUUUAUGUAUUUUAUGUCCCUUCAUAUAUCUCUAAGAUAAAAUAUAAUCAACUUAUAACAAAGUAA